UCUGAGAUUAGCCCAAUGUGGCCUGGAGAGGCACACUCAUUAAAGGUAGAAAGUGUAUUGUUCAAGGGGAAGUCAGAUUACCAGGAUGUCUUGGUGUUUCAGUCUUCAACAUACGGUAAAGUGCUUGUUUUGGAUGGUGUGAUACAACUAACAGAAAGAGAUGAAUGUGCAUAUCAAGAAAUGAUUGCUCAUCUCCCGCUUUGUUCAAUCCAGAACCCCAAGAAGGUAUUGGUCAUUGGAGGAGGAGACGGUGGUGUCUUGCGCGAAGUGUCUCGCCAUUCUUCAGUUGUGCAGAUAGACAUAUGUGAGAUUGAUAAGAUGGUAGUCGAUGUUUCAAAACAAUUUUUCCCUGUUGUGGCUGUUGGAUAUGAGGAUUCCCGUGUAAAUCUCCACAUUGGCGAUGGAGUUCAAUUCUUGAAAAAUGUGACUGAAGGAACCUAUGAUGCUAUUAUAGUGGAUUCUUCUGAUCCCAUAGGUCCUGCAAAAGAGCUGUUUGAAAAGCCUUUCUUUCAAUUGGUGGCAAGGGCUCUUCGUCCGGGAGGGGUUGUAUGUACACAGGCUGAGAGUAUAUGGCUUCAUAUGCACAUAAUUGAAGAUAUUGUGACAAACUGCCGCCAAAUUUUCAAAGGCUCUGUCAACUAUGCAUGGACUACCGUUCCUACGUAUCCUAGUGGAGUUAUGGGUUUCAUGCUUUGCUCUACCGAUGGUCCAGCGGUUGAUUUCAAGCAUCCAGUCAACCCAAUAGACAAUCUCAGUGAUGCCGGUGCAAAAGUGCCCCUCAAGUUCUACAAUUCUGAGAUUCAUUCUGCAGCGUUCUGUUUGCCAUCAUUUGCCAAGAAGGUGAUUGAAUCCAAGGAGAAAUGAAAAUGAUGAUGGGUAUUGUUAGUAUAAAGCAGACUUAGGAAGAGUUUGCAUCCUUAUUUUGUGGGAGGGGGGCGGGCGGGAGAUUUGUGGUGGUUGUUAUUUGUGGUGGCUCGCAUCCUACGAGAUCUGUGUCAGUCUGACAGGUCCGGUUAUCUCACAAAUAGCUGUAUUAUUACUCCCUUCAUUUUGAUGUUUUUUUAGGAUCAUGGGCACAUUCUUGAUUAGGUGGACAACAAGAUGUGCCAAGAAUAAAAGCGCUUUCUAAUAUAUGGUUUCAGAAAUGGUUAAAUUGAUCAUUGUAGAAUUUCUAGCUGCGCGUUCCCACAAAAUGUG